AUGUCCAGCAUGGCGCCUAUCAGCUACAGCUUCAACCGCUACCCCAACAACAACGGCAACAGCAACAGCACCAGCAACAACAACAACAACAACAACAACAACAACAACAACAACCGCGCCCCUGAACUCUCAGAGACCAACGAAGACGAACCAGCCUGCGAAUUCACAAACCCCUGCACCACAACCUCCUCCCCCACCAAAAAUCCCACCUUCAAAAACGGUACCGGCAAACACCCCCGAAAAGUAAUCUCGCACAUCUUCGGGCGCAACAAAGUCGUCACAAAGCUCGUCCCCGUUUCCAUAUGGGUGCACUACUGCCGCAAACACUACCAGCGCGCGCGCUACAGGUCUACCCAGUGGCCAUUUACGCAGGCGGAGUUGUUGCUGGAUUCGCUUGGAAGGAUGGAGAGGUGGGGUGGGGUGAAGGGGUUUGAGAUGGUGUUGAGGAGGAGGGAGGUUGAGAGGGUUGAUGGUGUUGAUUAUGGGAGUGGAGGGGGGUGUGUUGGGACUAGGAAGAGUGCGAGGGUUAGUGCUGCGAAAGAUCAGGAACAGGAUGGUGGAGAGGAUAACGACGGCGACGACACUGUGUCGGCGUCUGGAUCUUCCAACGACCACGACCACGACGAAGAUAAUCCCUCCUCCUCCGACCAUAGCCCCCGCCGCCGCAGUACCUCUUCCAAAACCAAGAACAAAGCCAAAGGCCGCCGCAAGAAACCCAACAUCGAGCCCGCCCCCGUCCCCGACUGGUUGCGUCAAGAAGUCGGCCCCAACAAAUCCUUCGAAGACAUCCGUGGCAUCAUCAGCCGCUUGUUGGAGUACUUGGCUGUUCUGCGGGCGGAGGGGAGGAAGGAGAAGAUACGGUUCCCGGAUAUUGAGAUUCUGCCGGAGUUUCAGGGGUGGGUGUUUGAGAUGGAGAGGGUGAGGGUGAGGGAGAGGGAGAAGAGGGCUAGGGAUGCUGCUGCUGGUGGACGGAAGGGGAAGAAGGGUGCGAAGAGGGUUAGUGGACGGGGUGCUGUGCAAAAGGUUUAG